AUGGAUAAACAAAAUGAGUGGACGUGUGAUGCGAAUGAUGCAGUGGAAAUAUCCAUGGUCCAACCCGCCGAAGAUGGCCAGAAGCUCACCACUCUCUCAACGUUUUACCCGCAGUUCACCUAUCCGAUCUUCGGGGACGAAGAGACGAUAUUUGGCUAUAGGAAGCUGAAUAUCCGGCUUCGCUUUACCGCCCAUGACCUCCAAUCGCACGUCCAUAUCUCAUACGAUGAGAAGUUUAAGCAGGUGGAAGAUAUAAGUGCUGCUGAUCUCCUUGGGAUCCUCAAGCCAUGCCUUCCUGAAGCUUCAUUCUCGACCUUCGAUGAAUUUCGGCAGCGCAUAAACCAGGACGAUGCGGCAAAAUUUACACCUCCGGGAAAGCUUGUACAUAGCUAUUCUAGGGAUGAUAGAGAUUACGAAAUAUGGGCAGGCUCUCUUGCCGACCCGGAGGUGCGUAAAGUACUUGAUAGAAUACAGAUUUUUGUCUCGUUCUUUAUUGAAGGCGGAACCCCCAUCGAGACAGAGGACUUCGACUGGACACUAGAAAGAUGGAUAAUAUAUUUCGUAUAUGAGAAACACAGAAAACCUUCCAACCCCAAGGCGUCCAGAUAUUCCUUUGCAGGAUAUGCAACUACAUACAGAUGGUACUUUUACCACCCAAAGUCAUCGAGUGAUGCAAAGUUAGGGAUCGAAUCGAAGACAGAGGACGCAUUCGACUCAUUCCCACUUUCAAAGAUACCCGCGCGUCUACGUAUCGCCCAGUUCCUCAUCAUCAAGCCUCAUCAACACGCCGGCCACGGGUCUCAACUUUACCGAACGAUUCAAAAGGCAUGUCUUGAUGACCCUACCAUCUUUGAGCUAACAAUCGAAGAUCCAAACGAAUCAUUCGAUGCUCUUCGAGACUCAAAUGACUACCAUACCCUAAAACCAGAAUUCAUCAAACAUAAUGUCACAAUCAACCCCGACCCACUCCCAACUACAAGUUCUUCCGGAACAUCCUCUUCUAAACCUCCCAAGCACCCCCGCGUCAUGCCAACAUCUCUCUUAAUCCCCACAAAAGCGCUCGACGAACUUCGACAAGAGUUCAAAAUCGCCCCUACACAAUUUGCCCAUCUCGUUGAGAUGUAUCUCCUCAGCAAGAUACCUGAAACUCAUCGUGGCGCGGAGAAUGUUAACAUGACCCGUCUAACGUCACAAAAGUCCCGCUUGCAAAACGAACAUGACAGAAGGUACUAUUGGUGGCGUAUGCUGGUUAAGCAACGCUUGUAUAAACGACAUCGCGACAUGCUGAUACAGAUCGAUAAAGAUGAAAGGGUGACUAAACUAAAUGAGACGCUGCAGAACGUUGAAGAAGGGUACGAUGUUUUGCUGAAGGCAUUUGAUGAGCGCGCUUCGCAAAAGCAGAACGAGACAGAAAAAGGGAAAAGAAGAGAACAAGAAGAAGACAACGAUGGAGAGGACGAAACUCCUGUCUCUAUGAAAAAGAAACAAUCGAAGAGGAAAUUUACCAUUGAAGAUGGCGAUGAGAGCGAGGAACCCCGGCCCAGGAAUGGGAGCGCAAAGAAGGCCAAAAUAUAA